AUGAUGGCCUCGAUCGUGGUGGUAACAGACACCGACGGCGGAGACCGCGCUCCUCUACUUCAGAACUCACAACCUGAGGAAUCGCCGGGAGAUGUGAUUGUCUCUUCGACGACGUCGGUGGAUGAACUACCAGAUAAAUCACAGUCUAAUAUUUCAACUGAUCCUAAACAACGACUUGUCUCUCUCGACGUUUUUCGAGGCGUCACUAUCGCGCUGAUGAUUUCAGUUGACGAUGCUGGAAAAGCUUUUCCAUCGAUAAACCACGCACCGUGGUUCGGAGUGACAAUCGCCGAUUUUGUGAUGCCGUUUUUUCUCUUUGGAGUUGGUGUCUCUGUGAGUCUUGUGUUCAUGAAAGUACCUAACAAAUCAGCAGCUACAAAGAAAGUUAUAUUGAGGACCAUUAAGCUGUUUCUCUUGGGAGUAAUUCUUCAAGGUGGUUAUUUCCACGGGCGCGGCCAUUUAACUUAUGGGGUGGAUGUGGAGAAAAUACGAUUGAUGGGUGUGCUACAGAGGAUCGCAAUUGGCUAUGUGCUGGCUUCAGUAUUGGAGAUUUGGCUUAUUAAUAAUACCGUCGUUGAUUCAGCGGUGGCAUUUAUGAAGAGAUACUCUUUCCAGUCGGUGGCUGCAAUCUUACUAGGUUUAUUAUACAUGAUUCUGCUGUAUGGCCUUUAUGUUCCAAACUGGACCUUUGAAGUCUCAACACUCAGCAUAAACUCCUCAACGUCACUAUUUGGAGUUGGUAUUCAAACUGUUCAAUGUGGAGUGAGGAGCAGUCUCGAGCCUCCUUGCAAUGCCGUUGGCUUUCUUGAUCGAUUUCUUCUUGGUGAACAACAUCUGUAUCAACGUCCUGUGUACAGAAGAACAAAGGAAUGCAGUGUCAACUCUCCAGAUUAUGGACCUCUACCUCCAAAUUCACCAGCAUGGUGCUUGGCUCCGUUUGACCCAGAGGGCAUCUUAAGCUCUUUGAUGGCUGCCAUUACAUGUUUAAUCGGAUUGCAUUAUGGGCACAUUCUUGUGCAUUGUAAGGACCAGAUGCAGAGGGUAAUUCUAUGGUCAAUAUCAUCGCUCCCUCUAUUAAUCUCUGGUUUUCUUUUGAGUGUUGUAGGUGUUCCUUUUUCUAAACCGCUAUACACAUUAAGCUAUAUGUUCAUCACCGCUGGAGCAUCGGGAACUUUUCUUACCAUUAUUUUUUACAUAGUCGAUGUCAAAUGUAUUAGGAAGCCGAUGGUAAUAUUUCAGUGGAUGGGAAUGAAUGCUCUCAUCAUUUAUGCUCUGGCUGCUUGUGACGUCUUUCCAGAAGCCAUGCAAGGUUUCUACUGGCGUUCACCUGAAAACAACCUGGUUGAUUUCUCCGAAAGGCUAUUGCAAACGGUUCUUCAUUCAGAAAAAUGGGGUACAUUGGCAUUUGUUAUGGUUGAGAUCUUAUUUUGGGGUUUAGUUGCUGACCAAGAAAAUACUAGAGGUACCCUCAAGGGUAUGAUAACUUCAGUGUUCUUCCUGGAUUCUGUAUGUGAAUUGAUUGUAAAUAUUUUCUAUUUUCUAAACAGUAACGAGGAGCUUGAAAACGAUAACCGGGAUGUUCAUAGUAUUUCUCUAUGGCAUAGCCUUCAUUUUAAGUACUUCCCCAGUUCAGUAUUGAAUAGACAAGUUAAAUGCCCUCUGGACAAUGCCCAGUGGGAGCGGCUUGGGAAAAGUGAAUUGGGGUUAAGAAUUACAAUUCCAAAAGCUAUUUCUAUGGCCACUUCUGAACAAGAAAUCAAUGAACUUUCUGGUACCAGUGAUAGCUGCCAUUGCCAUCAAAAUGAAGCUCAAAAGAGCAGAGAAAAGGCUGAAUCUCAUAUGGGGAAAGCAAUUGCACACAGAGCAGUAUAUGGUUCAAGCCAUAGAAGGGGAAGAAGUGCAAGGCUCAGAAAUAAUAUUGUCAAAACAUUGCCAAGUAGGCUAAGCAAAGUUUCCAUUGCUGAUGAACCUGAAAAUUAG